AUGAUGAUCGGGAAAGUAAGAUUGGAGCAGCAGUUUAAACAAGAGGAGGAGAGGAGUACAGAAGAAACGAUUUCAGAAGAUCAAAAAAUUAAAAGGGAAAGUACAGCAAUUGAAAUAGAGAGCGAGGAAGAGUUGUACGGAUUGGCUCUCAUACUCCGUAACACAGAAGACGCCGCCAAAAAGAGCCGUGAUUUGACAGGGAUACCAGAUAAAGAGCGGUCUGAUGAUCAUGAAAGCAGUAGAGGAGAGAAAACAAAUGGAUCGUCUGAAAACAAAGAGAAAGCCUGUUUAAGAUGUUGUCAAAAUAUUAACAGAAGCCUCAUUAUUUACAAAAGUUUUUACUUCUUUUUCUUUUCGGCUGUGGGUUCUUUAUUUCCUUAUCUCGCAGUGUUUUAUAAACAGCUAUGGCUUUCCGCCCAUGAAACAGGAAUACUGAUCGGAAUCAGACCAUUGAUUCAGCUUUUCGGAACGCCUAUGUGGGGAGUCAUCGCAGAUACAUACAAGAAAAGCAAAGUGAUCUUUGUGGUGUCACUAGUUGCAUGGUUGGUAUCGAACUAUUCCUUGUCUCUCGUAUCUCCUGUUUUUCAUUUGGGCGUUUGCAAUGAUAACGCUACCUUAACAAUCAUCCAAGAAAUUAUGAAAGAAAUGAAAAACAGAACGAUCUCACAGAAGAAUAACACAACUCAUCAUAAACAUUCCACGCAUAAACCCUCCAUACCUCUUUCAGCAAACUCUGGAAAUUCUAGUAAUCAUUGGUUUGAGAUAGUCAGGAAAGAGAGGGCAAAACAUCCUUCGAAGCGAAACGCAGGUCAACCAUUGAAGUAUACACUUCAAAACAAAGUAAACAAAGUGCUUCAGGUAAAUUAUCAUGUAAACAUUUUGUACGAUUUGAUGGAAAAAACCGACAGUAUUUUGGUUUCUAAAAGAGGAAUCAAACAGAUACAUCGAUUUUUAGACAGAUCAACACUCCAUACAAGUAGCCCCCCGAUAGUGAACAAGUCAAUGGUUCGUAAGCGAAGUGUUUAUAAAGGAAGAUUUCUUCAUGCGUCACUCAACGAUAAUCAAAGAGGGAGCAAUAACAAACGUCUAAUCACAAUAGGACAGUGCUUCAAAUUCGGCAGUGAUGAACAAAGGUUACGCCGAGCCAGCUUGGAUAAAAGCGCACUGAUGUCCAAACCAGAUAUCUUAACACUUUUCAUGAAUUCAAGUAGUAUCAACGAGGACGGGGUUUUCAUUCAAUUUUACAGCGGAUGGACGGAAAGAGUUUUCGACUCCCUGAACAUGGCUGGGGAGUAUCCAUGGCCUCUGGACACAGUGGCGGACUAUGAGUCGACACAGGAGGCACAUGAGUGGCUAAAUCCACAUGAUCAUGACUUGUUUACCAUCCUGUUUGUUAUCACAGCUACUGGUACACUGAUUGCUGCACCAGCUAUUACCUUAGCUGACACUGCCACACUGCAGAAGCUUGGUAACAGGCCAGAGGACUACGGCAAGCAGCGUUUAUGGGGAGCGUUUGGCUGGGGACUAGCAGCCUUUAUUGUUGGAUCAAGUCUAAGCACAGUUGAGGAACUGAGUAACUGUAACAAUCCUUUGAGUAUAGAUUACCUGCCAUGCUUUUACGCUUUUGCGUGUCUAAUGGGCGUGGCUGUCUUGAUUGGUGCUUUGUUUGAGUUUGACGAAAAAGAGUUACACGAAAGUAGCAUCUGGCAAGGGCUUGCCUUGUUGUGUGACUGUCAAUAUAUAUACUUCAUCUUCACAAUUCUGUUCUGUGGAAGUGCACUGGGCUUUAUAGAAACUUUCUUGUUUUGGCAUUUGCAAGAUUUAGGCGGUACACAGUUCUUGUUCAGUACCAUCACUGCCAUCCACUGUAUUUCUGAGGUGGCAGUUUACAGUUUUUCUGGUACGUUCAUCAAAUGGCUAGGGCAUCACCGGGUUUUGUACGUUGGACUUUCAUGCUAUAUCAUCAGAUUUUUUGGCUAUGCCCUUAUAACAAACAGCUGGGUGGUACUACCUUUUGAGAUCCUUCACGGCUUGUCCACAGCAGCCGUAUGGUCAGCGGCCGUCGUCUUCGUGGGACUCAUUCCCGGGGCGCCUGCAACAAUGCAGGGAAUUCUUGGUGGUGUGCACUGGGGUCUGGGUAAUGGUGGUGGAGGAGUGCUCGGUGGAUUAUUAAUCACUUACGCUGGUGCUACCACCUCUUUCCUCAUAUUUGGAGUAAUCAGCAUAGUAGACUUGAGUUUAUUCAUACUUUUGAACAACAUGGAAUUUUUCAACUGUUUUGAGUGGUCCAAAGGGAGUGGUACACAAUCAGAGUAUAGUCCAGUAGAAGAUGAAGCCUAUAAAAAUGAAAAACUAGAACCAGAUUAUGACGAUCUUUACUGAACAUUUUAUUUUGCAGUUCUCUGAGCUGAGUUUGUUCAACUGUACCAAGAUGAAUAUCUUUUACUACAUUAUCACAAAGCAUCUGAUCCAAAAUGAAAUAAGCUUAGAUUGAAUUAACA